ACAGAUGGAUGGAUGGGUGAAUGGAUGGAUGGAUGAAUAAUUGUGGUUGGUGGACAUAAGGAUGGACAGAUGGUUGGACGUCUGUCUUUUCAUGUGUUUGUUGACUUUUUUUGUCUCAGGUUGGUUGGAUGGAUGGACAGAUGGUUGGAUGUCUGUCUUUUCAUGUGGUGGUUGUUAACUUGUAUUGUCUCAGGUUGAUUGGACGGAUGGAGGGAUGGACAGAUGGUUGGACGGAUGGAUGGACAGAUGGUUGGACGUCUGUCUUUUCAUGUGUUGUUUGUUGACUUGUUUUGUCUCAGAUUGGUUGGAUGGAUGGAUGGAUGGACAGAUGGUUGGACGUCUGUCUUUUCAUGUGUUUGUUGACUUGUUUUGUCUCAGGUCAAUGAUGGACACGGGGGUGAACAGCGACAUCAUUCUCUCAGUUUACAUCAUCUCCUUCCUGAUUGGUUUCCCGUCCAACGUCCUCGCUCUCUACGCCUUCAGUGUCAAGAUCCACUCCAAGCCACGACUUACGGACAUCCUGCUCCUCAACCUGACCGUGUCCGACCUGCUCUUCUUGAUCUUUCUUCCUCUGAAGAUGCAUGAGGCGGUGUCAGACAUGAUGUGGAAUCUGCCCUCCGUCCUGUGCUCCAUCACUGCUUUUAUCUUCUACUCGACCAUCUACACCAGCUCCUUGUUGCUGAUGGCAGUCAGCAUGGUCCGCUACAUUGGAGUCGUGUUCCCCAUCGAAUAUCAUCUGCUGCAAAGACCUUUGUAUGCAAUCGUGAUCAGUGCUGUUAUUUGGAUCAUUGCAGGAGCACAUUGCAGCAUCAGCAUCAUCGUCCAGGAGCAUCCCGACUUAGCUGCUAACACCACCCGUGUUAAUGGCAGUGUCUGCUAUGGGGAAUUCUCAGAGAAGCAGCUCGAGGUUCUCCUCCCAGUGCGUGUUGAAAUGUUCGUCGUGCUCUGCCUCGUGCCUCUUCUAGUUUGUAUUUACUGCUACUUGCACUGCAUCUGGAUCCUGUACAGACGCCCCCAGUUUUCUCAGAACCAGAAGCAGAAGGCGAUCGGCAUGGCCCUGGGAACUCUAGCUGUGUUUCUUGUGUGUGUGAUUCCAUACAACGUCUCUCACUUGGUGGGUUUCUUUCAGGUCCAUAGUCCACCAUGGAGAGACUACGCGUUGCUUCUCUGUGUCUUCAACACCUGCAUUGAUCCCAUAAUCUUCUACUUUUCUUCUUCAGCUUUCCGCUGCACAGGUGAAAAGUCCAUUUUCAGGAAGCAUGGACUCAAUCGAUUUAAAAUUCAGGGAACAAGCUCAAGCUAA